UUUACUAGUAAACUUUGUACGAUCAAUGAGCGUUACAUCGACGAAGGAGAUAGCGUCACUUGUCGAUUAUAUCAAAGUUUUAGCGGCAAAAAAGGCUGUCCGCAAGACUACAAUAACAUACCACCACCCAUGUCUAUGGGCCAUUUUAUACAGGAAGAUGAAAGAGAGCAUAGG